AUGCCUACCGCACUUGGAUACCCUGGUCUUCGUUGUGUUCUAGAGUUUUUGGAUCCCAUGAAAAGAAUUCACAUUGCCGCUCGCAAUCAUUCUCUUUGGACCAUUGAUAAGACAAUACCUAUUUGGAUAGAGGAACUUGAAAUUUAUAGAGAAUUUUUGAAGCUGGAUAAGUACUCAACGGAGAUCAGUUUUGAUAUACGGUUCAGUAAUAGACAAAACGCAAAGUUUCAUCAAGUUUUGCCAGAACAACUGAAUCAAGGAGAAGCAAUAACAAAACUGUUGAAUUCAUAUUUGGGUGGUAGAUCGAAGAUCUAUGUAAACUUUCUCAGCAUUUAUGGAAUGUAUUCUCCAGUACUACCGCCAAAUUUCAUUAUUCGAAUCAAUGAGUUAGGAUGUUGCUUCAGUUAUAUCAAUCGAUUCCUGGCUAAUAUAGAUCCAUGCAGUUUUCCAUUGAAAAAACUCCGUACUGGAAUCGACGAACCCGAUCAUUUGAAUCAUCCAAUUCUAACUUCUGCAGAAGAAGUCAUAUUUACAUGUGGGGCUAAUGGAAUUCAGAAAUUAAUCGAUCAGAAUAACGGAAACAAGCGUGUAACGUUUGAAGAUUAUCGAUACAAUAGUGCAAAUCCCGUGGUAUUGAUUAGACACUGGAUGAAAAAUGGGAUAGAAAUAGGGGCGACGCUCAAGCUUCAUAAUAAUAAUGACAACGAUCGUCUUUUGCACAUUUUGUUGCAGGAGCUGAAGGAGUUUGAAAAUAAAAGAUUCAACUCCAGCUUAAACUGCCCCCGUCUGAUAAUUCCUAUCAACAGGACUGCCGAAAUACAUGUAAUUGUGAGCAGUAAGAAUUCUAUAGUCGUGGAAGUGGUUCCAAAAAGUUUGAAAAGACGAGGAGAAGCAACAGAAGAACCAUCUAGCAGUAAGAAGGCAAAACAAUAA